AGAGCCGCCGCUGCUGCCGCCGCCGCCAGACUGGCAGCCGCCGGUCUCCCGGCCGCCGCCGCGGGCUUGCCCGCAGCCGCCGCCUACGCCCCCGGUUACGCCGGCCUGGCCGCCGCCCGCUACCCCGGCCUGGGCCGCCUGGGCCUGCCCGCUGCCGAAGCCGUCGACGCCUACUACGACCCCAACCCGCAGUACAGCUUCAGCUACAGCGUCAGCGACGCCCUGACCGGCGACGCCAAGCAGCAGCAGGAGAGCCGCAGCGGCGACGUGGUGGAGGGCAGCUACAGCCUGGUCGAGCCCGACGGCAGCGUCCGCACCGUGCAGUACACUGCCGCCCCCGGCGCCGGAUUCAACGCCGUCGUCACUAAGGACGGAGUCCCCACCGGCCCUGCACCUCUCGGAGCUGCCGUCGCUCCCAAUGCCGUAGCCGCCCUCGCAGGACGCGUGGUGCCGGGCGCUCUGUCGCGCUACGCCCCCGGCGUCGUUGCACCCGGAGCGCUGGCCCCCGCCGUCGCCGCAGGCCUCGCCGCCCCCGGCUACGUCGCCCCCGGCUACGUCGCCCCCGGCUACGUCGCCCCCGGCGUCGCCGCCCCCGCGCCAGUGUACGGCGCGCCUCUCAAGACGGCGCACUCCUCGCUGCUGACGCCGCACUCCAAGGUCCACUACUGAAUACUUUGCCGACACCGUCUCGCCUCUGGACUGCACCGCACACCUUGUAAAUAACUUAUAUUAACUGCUAUGUACAAGCGUUAUCUGCUAGACAAGGGCACAUCGAAAUAAAGACGUCUUAUUUCGGUUA